AUCAACGCUUAUACAGUGGAUGCUCGGUCUAUACUUACUAUGUCUAUGGCUUGGAGCAGAGUAGAACAUAAGGACAAAAAUGGCUUCUUGGACAAGAAUCACUCGCACCUUUUCCAGAAAUUAUUCAGCGGCCGCUGGCGGUCACGCCAGUUCAGAGGCAACGCAACUUUUGUGGAAGAGACUCUCGUUUUUCGUAGGCUUUCCUGCAAUAGGUUUGGCUAUGGUUAAUUGCUAUUUGAAUCAUCAGGCACAUCAUCAUGAUGAACCUCCGGAAUUUAUUCCUUAUGAUCACCUAAGGAUAAGAACUAAGCCAUUCCCAUGGGGCGAUGGUAACCACAGUUUAUUCCAUAAUCGUAAAACAAAUCCUCUACCUGAAGGUUACGAAGAAUAAUAGAGUAAAUGGAUGUAUUUAGAUUGUAAUAAUUAUGCUGCAUUAGCAUUCUUUAUAACAUGUAUUUCUUGCAUUAUAUUGACUUAUAAGCAAUUGAGUCAAUAAAUUGGUAGAAAUUGAUAU